AUAUGUUUUAAUUGCAUGGAGUUCAAGGACUUUAAGCUUGACUUUGCUAAUCCCCAAGGCAAAACAAGUGAAACUUGGCAUGGAGGUAUAGCCACCAUUUUUCAAAGUCCUGGUGAUGAAGUAUGGGGAGUAGUAUGGAAAAUGAACAAAAGCAAUUUAAUUUCUCUGGAUAAGCAAGAAGGGGUUAAAAGUGGAGCAUAUGUCCCAAUAGAAGUUAAUGUUUACACUCAAGAAGGAAAAGAAAGAACCUGUCGAAGUUAUCUGGUGAAAAAUUAUGAAAGUGUGCCCCCAUCACCCCAGUAUAAAAAGGUCAUUUGCUUGGGUGCAAAAGAGAAUGGUUUGCCACUGGAGUAUCAGAAGAUGUUAAAUGCCAUAGAACCGAAUGACUAUGAAGGAGAAGUCUCAGAAGAAAUUAAAGACAUUAUCAAAAAGGGAGAAGCAAAAAUUCAUCGGCAGUAGAAAAUGCAGAUAUUUUCUCUGUGCUAACAUAUUUCUAAUGUUUAGAACAGAGAUCUGGGGUAUCUCUGUGUUUAAUAUAUUUUUAACAGUGCUCCAACAUAUCCACUUGAGUAAUUCCUUGUUUUCAGACUAACUUCUAACCCAGUUUCUUUCUAUAACCAAUUGAGAAGGGAGCCAUGAGGCACUGGAGUGCAUGACAAAGGAUGUGGGUACUCCUUCCAUGUUAUUUUCUUGAGUUGAUCUGAAGUAUAUUCUUGCUCUGUGACAAAGGACAGAUUUGCAACUUAAAGACUGCUGGCUAA